CGGCAGCCAUUAGAUGUGUUCUCGCCGUUUUUCCGCGUUCGGGUUUCUACCGCCAUCGCCACCGGUGAUAAUAAUAGUAUAAAGUGAUAAAAUCAAUUACCACGAUGACGGCCAAGGACAUUGUAAACAAUAAUAAUAAUAAUAAAAAUAAUAAUUAAAAUUUAUUAAAUAAAAUUAAAAAAAAAAAUAAACCGCAAUCGGAUCCGAGACGAAUAUCAUUAUUAUUAUCGUUAUCGACUGUCGACGGUGAUAACGCGAUUGUAUUUAUAAUAAUUGUUUUACUGACGAUCGAUGAUUUUUUAUGUCAUAUUUUACAUGUCUUAUCGUAAUCGUGUUAUAUUUUACCGCAUCAAUUAAAGUAUAAUAAUAUUAUUAUUAUUAUAAAAACCGAGUGCAGCAGUGCCGAGUGCGCAUUGCCGUUUUGUCGGCAGUAUCCGAUAAUUGUCGGCACAGUACCGUGUUGAUUACAGCGGGAUGCCUGAUGUUUUAAUACAAAUAAUAAUAACGACAUUAUCAGAUAAUACGAUCAAUGAUAGUAGAAUAACACAGUAUAGUAUUUAACGGUGCGAGCAGCGAGUGCAAUCUGCAGUGCGCGUGUGUAUUAGUAACGCGCGGUCGUCCGUUUGUUGUUAUUAUUACUUUUGUAUAUUUUCGUAAUCGCUAAUGAUCGCCGACAACAUUAGCAGUUAAAACUGGAAAGAUGGAUACGUGCGUCGAUCCCAAACUACCGCCGUGGAAGAUAGAACUGAUCAACAGAAGACGGACCAGAAAUAAUCAAUCAAAAUGCACCGGCGGCGGCCACAGCAAUAGCGAACAACAGGUAAAACCAGUUCAAUGGACCUGGUCCCCUACCACACAACACUUUCUCCAGCAGCCGGCCAACGCGGUGCAAACGUCCCAGCAGCAACAGCAGCAGUCAGCAGUCGGCGCAGUGUGUUCGAACAUGAGGCUGUUAAAGUGCGAUACCGUGAUAAUGACAAAUUUCAAGAAAAAUCCACAGAUCAACCGUUGUAGAUCAAAAUUUAAAACGAAACCGCAAAUUAUUACAGAAAUCACAAACGGGCUGGACUACCAGUCUGACUCUAGCGAGGAAUUCAAGUACGGACCGGGUAUCGUUAACAAACUCAAGUCAAAAUACAUGAGCAUGACGGUCCGAGAACAAAAACCCAGGCCGCCCUUAUGGCGCUCCAACAGCAUGGACAACCUUGUUGAGGAUAAACACUGUCAAGAGAAACCCAAACAUAUUUCACCUCCUGAUGUAAUCAGCGUUGCAGCAGCAGUCAAAAGCGAAACUCUCAAGCGAGCAAGAUCUCUGGAGGCUUUGUCUGAAUCGCAAGCAGCUAAUACCAACGGCGACAAAGAAGAACAGCAUCAGCCAAUAACCAUGAAUGCUGAAUUACCACCUCCUGAUGUAGUCAAAACAUACAAAAAGAUAUUUGAAACCAAAACACAAAUUGAAACAAAACCUAUCAAAAUCAAACCUGCCAUUAUGCCAAAACCAAUGUUGAGUCCAGAAAAGACACGUCCAGUUAGAAUGAACAAAGUACCUCUGAAGAAAAAUAUGUUACCACCAGUUAAAUAUCCAAACAGAUUAAAGAAAAAAGAACCAUUGGGUCUAGAUAGAUCAAAAUCAUUGAUCAAUGAUGAAGUAAGCUCUAGCCAGGAUGAAUCAUCCAUGUCAUCUGACGACGGUAGUUCAGUGAAACAUAGAGUAGUUAUUAAGACUAACAUUAAUGGAUCUAUCAAUGAUAAUAAAAUAGUUGCUGUGCAAACAAAACAAAUAUGUGUUAUUAGACCAACAACUAGAACUGUUACACUACCAGAAGAAACUAGUAAUGCUCAACUAUCGGAUAAAGAAAUAGAAAAAAACUUUUUAAAUAAUAAUAAUAAUAAUACUAAUAAUAAUAAUUCCAAUGGUGAGAAGAGAUUGGGUGGGUUAUGGGAUAAAAAACGUUGGGACAACAAUGAAAAUAGUGUAGUUUUCAAUUUUGUCAACCGUAAAGGAGUUCCAAAUUACAUUGACAGCGAAGGACCAAUUCCUAGAAGAGACAAUCCCUGUGGGAUCAAAAACGGAUGUAUUAUGUUAGAUGCACAUUGCGAAGAAUCAAGUACUGAUGACAUUGACUCUGCAAACAAUGACAAUUAUGUUAUUUUUAUUGGUGAUAACAUUAUCAUUGGCCGUUCAAAUCUCCGUAAUGGAAAUAGUUCCACCCCAAGAAAGAACUUGAGAAUACAAUUUUCCGACGUUCUGGAAACGACGCACGAAUACCCUUCGGAGGCGUCGCUUUUGCUCGAGGAAGAACACAAUCAUCACCAUGGGUCGCCGCCACUACCGUCGUCGGAGGGGGACCACGAAAACUCUGUGAAAAUACCUCCAAAAAACAGUUUUGGAAGCUACACUCCGUGCAAGCUCGGGACCACCGAAGAAGCGUUUCUAGGCGAAUACGGUGUAAGCCGAAACAAUGUGAUAAGAAACGUCAAACGCGUUGACAAAAACGACGAGACCACCACGACCGACCAGUCGGCGAUUGAUUCGAAUGUACCCUGGAGCGAAGAAACGACACCUGAUCUCUUGUUUUGAGUUCCUAUUAUUUAUUUAUAUGUGUUAACGAGCUCAAUAGUGUUUAUAGAUAUAAAUAUAUCGAUGUAUAAUAUAUAUGUGCAUAUAA